AUGAGCUGGCUGACCAGAAACAACAUCCCCGCCUUCUGGGCAGAUCCCCACUGGCAGCUCGCCUGGUGCCAUCGGACCCUUGAGUACCAUAUCAUGCAGAUAGCCAAGCGAACGCCGCGAAACCUCAUCAGUGACCCCGAUACGAAGCGACAUCAAAAGGCCGUGGAUUCCGUCACCGGGCGAAUAGUGGGAUAUGCCCGGUGGAUUCUGCCCGCAUCCCACGCCAAGAGCAUCGGCGGGGCCCCGGCUUGGCCCGAUGCCGUGGUUCCGUCUGUCAGCCAAGAGGAAGAAGCGGAGAUCCGGCGCGUUGCCGUGACAGCUCAUUGGGAUCCUAACGAGGAGUCGGACGAUUUGCUUGUCCCUAUUCGGGAGGCGGAGGAUGAGAUUCUAAGCAGAAGAGCUUACAUGCGACUGGACUACCUGGCAGUUCAUCCAGACAACCAAGGCAAAGGCAUAGGCACUGCUUUGAUCAAAAGUGGCAUAUCAAAAGCCGAAGAAUUGGGCCUUGCCAUCUUCAUACAUGCUAUGGAGGACGGGGUGGACCUCUACAAGCGCCUUGGCUUCGUGAUCGGAAUAGACUUUCUCUAA